AUGGGGUAUGGAGAAGACCCAUCGACGAUAACCCUGCAUGCGUUACUCUACCUGAGUUACGCUACUCACAGCUCAUCUCACCAAAAGUACGAGGCAUCGUACCACUGUCCUCCUCCUACAAGCGAGCGACCGACCGAGCGAGACGCGAGGGCAGGCCAGCUCCUGGUCAAUGGUCUGGGACUAAUACUAACCGAUGAGUUUAUCCGCCAGCAACAUGUAUGCCAUCGUCGGUAG